AUGAAUACCCUCUCUGAUACCAACAUUAAAUCGGAUGCUAAAUCAACAUCAACCAUUGAUUUAGAUAUCCAACCAACCCCCACUACCGAUCUGACCUCUCGCAAACGAAUUGUCCUACUUUGCCGAUUUGUAGCUAUCUAUUUCUUUGUUCAUAUUCUUAUAUACUCAUCUCAUAACUUUCGCGAAACUAUUGGCAAGGAGAUCUUUGGUCUAACUUCAGCCCAAUAUUCACUAGUAGAAAUGACCAGUGCUGUUAAGCUUAUUGGAGCCGUAGGUGGAACUUGGGUUUGUCAAAAAGGCCUUCGUCCUCUUUAUAUCGCAGGCUUGGCCUGUUUAGUCUUUGUGACCGCUUUAAGUCUUCUGAUUAUGCAAGUUACAACUCAGGCUUUCGUUAAUUUAUUGUUAGGAAUGACUAUUAUUAUGUCGGAAUCGGCUAUUCUGCCAACUAUUGAUGCUGAAUGUCUCUCUGUUCUGGCCAAGUACGACUUACGAGGUAAGUUUGGGAUUGUCAGAAUGUUUUCUACUAUUGGACAUGCCAUGGCCUACCCUUUGAACUACUCAAUCCAGCGCUUUGUCUUGCGGCAAACAACUAUUGCUACUAGUGUUCUGGUGAACAGUAUGAUUUUUGGAAUUAUCUCUAUUAUGACUAUUAUGGUGGCAAUUGGGACAGUUGAGAGGGUUAAGAUUGAAAAGAAGGCUAGUAGUAGUAGUCAAGAGGAGAGUAAGUAUUCAUUCACUUCAUUUUCACCUACUUUUAUCUUAUUGAUUAUCUGCUCAUUAGGAAGUGGUCUGUCGCGAUCAUCGUUGCAAACUUAUUUAACUGAGUACUUGCUUACUCUUCGUUCUAAGUCGCCUAAUGAUGGCUUUGUUUCGUUUGUUUACUUCUUUAGAACUCUUUGUGAACUGUUUGUUUGGUGGAUUGUUAUCUGGCUAGGAAACAAGGCUUGUUUAGAAUUACUUUUCCCGUUAGCUAUUCUUUUGGGUGCUACUCGGUCUUUGCUUUACUCAAUUGAUCUUUCUCGGCACUCGGCACUCUCUUUAAUUCCUUAUCUAGCUGAGUUUCUUAAGUCUACUUAUUCGGCUCUUUUCAUCUAUGUAUCGGUGCAGUUGGCUUAUAAGUACUCGCCUAAGGACCAAAAGACUCUAGCCCAGGGUAUCUUUACUGGUGCUUAUAGUGCCUUUGCGGCAUUCGUAGCUGGUGUUAUUGGGUAUAUUGUCUUCUCUACUUCUAGUCUUUCUGGAAUUGCCACUCGCCAGCGCCUCUUUGGUAUUGUUGGCUGGCUUGGUGUUUUAUCGGCCCUACUUGCCAGCACGAUUUACUUCAAACACCGGGCCAAACCCUCUUCCUAA